GUGGCUGAUGACAGGACAAGCCGAGCCCGGCGCUGUGCUCACGGGCAACGGUCGCUGCUUCAGGCUGCCAGAGAGGACACGCGGAGGAUGACUACAGUCCACAGAAAAAAGUUAUGUUUUUAAUCUUCAACCAUCUUUUCAUUUCCCAUUGUUGGGUCUUGAGUGGAAUUCGACGUUUCACCUGCUGAGCGGACUUGUUCUGGGCAGAGGAUGAGCGGGACAGACUCGGAGUGACUCCCAGCUUUGACCAUGGAGGAGAAGUUGAACAGACUGCUCUUCAUCCCCGUCGCCGCCGUGCUCUUCCUGAUGAUCGGGUACCAGUACGUGUGUCCGGCGGACAGCAACACCUGCUACUUCCGCGGGGACGAGAAGGGACUUUACCAGCGCUACUCAUCCGCGCUGGACUUCGUGUACUCUGAGCUGGAUGGGGACGAGGACUUCGCCUCCAAAACCGCGUCCAGAUUCAACUUCACGGAGCGCGACUUGGACCGGAGUGUGGAGUUCAAAAUCCGCGGGGAUGACGUGAUGGUGUUCCUGCACAUCCAGAAGACUGGCGGGACCACGUUUGGACGGCACCUGGUCAAGAACAUCCAGCUGGAGCAGCCGUGCGACUGCAUGCCGGGCCAGAGGAAGUGCACCUGCCACCGGCCGGGAAAGACCGAGUCGUGGCUGUUCUCGCGGUUCUCUACCGGAUGGAGUUGCGGGCUACAUGCUGACUGGACCGAGCUGACAAGCUGUGUCCCGGUGGUGAUGAACAAGAGGGACAAGAAGAACAGCCAGAGAAGCAAGAGGAACUUCUACUAUAUCACCAUGUUGCGUGAUCCUGUCUCUCGCUACCUCAGUGAGUGGAAGCACGUGCAGCGCGGGGCCACUUGGAAAACGGCCCUUCAUAUGUGCGACGGCCGCCUGCCCACUCAGGAUGAGCUCCCCGCCUGCUACAGUGGCGAGGACUGGACCGGCGUGCCCUUGGCAGACUUCAUGAACUGCCCCUCCAACCUCGCCAACAACCGGCAGGUGCGCAUGCUGGCCGACCUCAGCCUGGUAGGCUGUUACAACAUGUCCUCGAUGAGCGAGCUGGAGCGAGGCCGCGUGCUUCUCGCCAGCGCCAAGGCCAACCUGCGCAACAUGGCCUUCUAUGGCCUGACGGAAUUCCAGCGGAAGACGCAGUAUCUCUUUGAGCGGACGUUCGGCCUGCGCUUCAUUCGGGCUUUCACGCAGAUCAACAGCACUCGGGCAGCCAGCGUGGGGAUCAGCGAGAAGGUACGAUGGCGCAUCGAGGGCCUGAACGCCCUGGAUGUGGAACUCUACGAAUACGCCAAGGACCUUUUCCUGCAGCGCUACCAGUACAACCGCCAGAAGCAGCACCGGGAGGAGAGGCUGAGGAGGCGGCAGGAGCGGCAGCAGAGACAGAGGCUGCACAGGACCUAUCUGGCUGAGCUCUGGAGACUAGGAGGUGGAGAGGAAGACGAGGAGGGGGAGGAGGAGGAGGAGGAGGGAGCAAAGGUGCUGGAGGUCGCAGCCACCACAGAGGACUACAGCAGCCAGGUGGUGCGGUGGUGACGGACUGACUGCUGUUUGAGUCAUUGUGCUUUAUUCUCUCCUCUGCUGUGAAUCUGCCAAAUCCUCCUGCCCUCAUUGUGCUUGGUCAGCCUGCCAGACGAUGUCUUAAUAUUUAUAAUGGAUGUAUUUAUCACGGCAGCAAACAUUUUAUAUUUUUGUUCCACUUUCUCCAGGCUUCUCUGUUGGCAUAGCAGUUCUCAAAGUGUUGAUUUACCAUAGGCUUUGAAUGUCCUCAGAGCAGCGUCCGAGGUCGGCUAAAAGAAGAAGCUGGGUGGGGCGGGGUGCGGUGGGGUGGGGGGUUAAAGGUCAUUUUUGA